AUGUCCUUCGCGCGGCGUUUGCUAUUGAUCGCUCUCGCGCAGGUGUUCGCUCCUGUCAUCGGCUUUGGCUUCACCGUCGAGGCCGGCGGGAAGACCUGCUUCGACGAGACGGUGAAGUCGAGCGAGCGAGUGAGCGGCGACUGGCGGGUGAUCUCUGGAGGCGUUCUCGACCUCGACGUGGAGGUCACGAGCCCAUCGGGUGAACAUGUUUACUCAGCGGAGCGCGAGGCGGCCGGCUCGUUUGCCUUCUUCGCGACCGACUCGGGAACCUACGUCGUGUGCUUCUCAAACGCGCGGGCGACGCAGGCGGCGCGUGAGGUCUCAGCCAAGAUCACUGUGGGCGAGCAGGGCGACGGGGUGGAGCUAGCCAAGGCGGAGCAGCUUGCACCGCUGGAGGACCGCGUCAAGAGGUUGCACACGUCGAUGAUUAGCGUGAGGGACCUGCAGGACCAGCAGCGUGAGCAGGACGAGGAGCGGUAUCGCGUCACCUCGCAGACCCGCCGCUGGCUGCUCUGGUUCACCGUGCUCGAGGCGGCGUUUGUGCUCGUCGCGGUCUCGCUCUGGCAAAUCCUCUACCUCAAAAGCUUCUUCGAGGUCAAGCGGGUCGUCUAG